AUGGCAAAUCAGGAGUCAACAGCACAGGACAGCUUCAUCGUGCCCGUCAAGCGCAUCAAGGAUGAGGCCAAGGACCUGCCUUACUUCCAGAACUCUGAGGCCUACGCACGCAUCAUGUCCUACAUCCUUGCCCUCAACAACGCUGUCCUGAACAGCAAAGUGUCAGACCCUAUGCCAGAGUCAAACGCGAUCACUAACAUCCUGGCACUGCUCAACACAUUGGACAGCUGGAUCGCACUGGUACCGCCCAAAGCAGAUCCUCAAAGAUUCGGCAACCUCGCUUUCCGGGAUUACAUCCGCAUGGUCGAAGAAAAGGCAACCACCCUCCUCGAGGACCUCCUCCCCUCAACCCUACACCCAGCCAUCCAAGAAAUAUCUCCUUACCUCACCCAAGGGCUGGGCCACGGCAUCAGGAUUGACUAUGGAUCUGGUCAUGAACUCUCCUUUGUCGCUUGGUUAGCCUGUCUUGAAAUCAUUGGCUUUGUAAGAGGACCUACAGACCACCCCGCCAUAGUGCUGAGAGUCUUUGUGCGGUACCUCGAGUUGGUCAGAAAAUUGCAAAAGACGUAUCAGUUGGAACCUGCAGGAAGUCAUGGUGUUUGGGGACUGGACGAUUAUCAGUUCUUGCCGUACCUUUGGGGGAGUGCCCAGUUGAGAGAUCAUCCGAGACUGAAGCCUGUUUCUAUCAUGCAGACACCAUACCUUGAGGACUUUGCGCCGGAUUACAUGUACUUUCGUGCCAUCCAGUCCAUUCACCAGACCAAACGCGGACCUUUCCAUGAGCAUUCACCAGUGCUGUUCGAGAUUUCAGGAGUACCACAUUGGACAAAGGUCAACUCGGGCAUGAUCAAAAUGUACAAGGCCGAGGUCUUGAACAAGUUUCCUGUCGUCCAACAUCUGCUCUUCGGCAGCCUCCUUCCUUGGCGGCCCGCCGACUCGCCUGAAGACUUUGUUGUUCCCAGCUCAAAAUAA